AAGGAAGUUGGGGCCAUCGCCCAAACGUAUUUUUGCGAGAGUUUGUUCUUCUCCUGAUAUAUUUAUUAUUUGUGUUGAAGUUCAACAGCUGGGGACAUUAAAUUUUAUCCACAGGUUUCUUAGUUAUUGGAUAAAUUUGUCAGAAGUUACUGGAAUCAGUUUGAUCACAUCUAAACAAAAGGUUUUAGUCACUCAGGACACUGGAGGAGAAGAAUGGAGGAUAUAUUUCAUUGGUGCAGGGAAGGUAAUGCAAUGCAGGUUCGUGUCUGGCUGGAUGACACAGAGCAUGACAUGAAUCAAGGUGAUGACCAUGGGUUCAGCCCACUACAUUGGGCAGCCAAGGAGGGGCACUUGAACUUGGUGACUUUGCUCAUUCAACGUGGUGCUAGGGUAAAUGCCACAAAUAUGGGAGAUGAUACUCCUCUACACUUGGCCACAGCUCACGGUCACAGAGAAAUUGUCAGCAUGUUGUUGAAAAAUAAAGCAGACAUCAACUUUGUGAACGAGCAUGGUAACACCCCUCUACAUUAUGCAUGCUUUUGGGCUUACUCCAGCAUUGCAGAGGAUCUGGUCAACUAUGGUGCCUAUGUGUCUGUUGCCAACAAGUAUGGCGAAAUUCCGUUGGACAAGUGCAGCGGAGCUAUAGCCAAACAAUUGCACGAAUUGGCAGUUGAAAAUGGACAAGAUUUAAAGCGAAUCGGUUUCAAGGACCAAAGUUGGCUUGGACUGAAAACCCGGAGCCGCGAUGCGACUCUGUCCCGGCACAAGGGUAUCAAUAUCCAAGAGCUGUCGCUCCACAAAAAACUUGCGGUAACUCCAUCAGGCGAAUCGUGGCGCGGAACGUGGCAAAGUAACGACAUUGUGGCCAAGUUUCUCGCCGUUCGCCAGUGCACGCCGAGAAUUUCGCGGGAUUUUAACGAGGAAUUCCCAAGACUUCGCAUCUUCUCACACCCAAACGUGUUACCCGUCAUUGGCUGUUGCAAUGACCCUCCGAAUCUGAUCGUAAUCAACCAGUACAUGAUCCACGGUUCACUCUACGCUGUCCUGCACCAAGGCACGGGCCUGGUAGUCGAUACUGCGCAAGCCAUUCGCUUUGCUCUCGACGUCACACGAGGCAUGGCCUUCCUUCACUCUCUGGAAAAACAGUUGCCGAAUUUUACCCUCUCCAGCAAGCACGUUAUGAUUGAUGAAGAUCUUUCGGCGCGUAUUAGCAUGGCUGACGCCAAAUUCUCCUUCCAGGACAAGGGCCGUUGUUACAGUCCACAAUGGAUAGCUCCAGAAGCUCUUCAAAAGAAAGGAAAAGAAAUCAACGUCAAGUCAGCCGACAUGUGGAGCUUUGCCGUUCUUUUAUGGGAGCUGGCCACAAGACAAGUACCUUUCGCUGAGCUGUCUCCAAUGGAAGCUGGACUAAGAAUCGCUCUUGAAGGACUAAGAGUUUCAAUACCUCCUGGCUCUAGUCCACAUAUGGCCAAAUUGAUCCGAAUCUGCAUGAACGAAGAUCCCGGAAAGAGGCCCAAUUUUGAAAUGAUAACGCCCAUUCUCGAAAAAAUGAAACUACAAUAGUGAUUGGCAAUAUUUUUAACGAAUUUUUUAAGUUGACAAAGUAAAAAAAAGUGCCGCGAAACUCUACACACAAAGCCUUCCAAUUGGACUCUUCGCGUAACACUGCCUCACACACACACGCAACGAUUUUGCUAUAUUAACUGGUUGAAUCCCCCCAGCCGAAGGACGUUAAUUUUUAUUUUCCUAUAGUUAAUACGGUAAUUCCGUGCCAAUUUGUCUCAAUCUCUUUUCUAAAAAAACAAACCCAACGCUAACCAUGUGCCUUUCAUCAAGCCCCUUCCUCGAAUCUUCUCACUGACGCAAUCGUUUUCUAAAUACUUAGUUUUUACGGAGAACAAAAAAAAAACUACCAAAUAUAUUAAUAAUAUGCUAUGA